UAUUUGAGCAAAAAUAAAGUAAAAAAACUUGGAGAGGAAAAAUGUGGGGUCUGUAAACUUCAAAAUUACCAACUGGACGGAAAAAAAUUUCUCAUACUCCCAAUGGGAAAUCAAAAAAUAAUUUUUUAAAUUUUUUUAUUAAUUUUUAGUUCAGUUUGUACGAAUUAGCUUUAAUUGAGAAAUUAAAUAAAUGGAUUAAAACUGAAGGUUUUAGAUUAAUGGCUAUUUGCCAUACAAAUUUUGUGAAAGAAGAUGUUCUUUGGCUUGCUAAAAAUAAAUUUCGUUUAGAAGGAAUUGAAUUUUGUGAUUAUCCGAGUAAAAUAUUCAAAAAAGUUUUUGAAAAUUCUCCCUAUCAAAAUCUCAGCAAUUUUUUGAUUGAGGAAUGUACUUGUUUACUUUUUGGGAAAGAAGCUGAAAAUAUUAGUGUUUUGUUUAAUCAAUGUUCUCAAUAUUCUUGGAUAUUUCCUAUUGUUGUUACAUUUGACGAAAAAAUUUUAUCGUUAGAACAAACAAAAGAAAUAACAGAAUAUGGCACUCUAAAUAAUGCUAGAACACAAACAGUUUUACUUUUAAAUAAUUUUAUUAGCCAAUUAUCAACUUCAUUAAAUACAAUUUCUUGUCAACUUCCUCAAAUAUUAGAUGCACAUUUGGUGGCUUCUAAAGAAAAUAAAAAAGAAGAAGAGAAUAAUUCUCAAAAUUCUUCUAUUGUUGUUUAA